GCGCCUUACGUGACGCCCAGCGCGGAGCGGCCAGGCCAUGGAGAGCGCAUCCGGAGAGAAAGCUGGGGCGAGAGCCGCCGAGGCCGAGCUCGGGUUCGAGUGCGAGGGGGCGCCGGCUGGUCUCCGCGAGGAGGUGCGCGCCCUGCGCGCGGACGUGGCCCGCUUCCAGCGUGGCGUGGAGCGCAGAGUGGCCGAGGCGCUGGGGCUGGCGGGGCCCCUGGCACGCACUGUGGCCGAGCUGCAGAGCGAGCACGAGCGCUUGCGGGCCCACCUGGGGCAGCUGACGCGCCACGUGGAGGCGCUGGCGCACGCCACCGGCUUGCCCCUGGACUGCGGACCCGAAUCCGGGGCCGGACCGGCGUCCCCCGGGGCCCGGGGGCCCCCGCGCUUCGCCAGCCACGCGGUGUUCUCGCUGUCAGGCCGUGGCCAGGUGAAUUUCUUUCUUCCCGUAGAAGAUGAGGCGGCCUCCAGCGGGGAGCAGGAGGAAUGGGCCGAUUCGGAGGCAAAGAGAGCCUCAAAUGCCUCAGUUAUGGAGAACGGGCACCAGGUGACAGCAGGUCCGGGGCACCUGUCCCCAGAGGCCCCCGAGCCCCUCGAGCCUCACCCCCCCAGCGUGGCUCUUUGCAUGCCCCACCAGCCCGUCACCGCCAUCACCCGGGGCUCCGAGAAGGCUUCCGGGGAGAUCGUGUGCCCAGCCCUGGCAGGCGCCUCCGUGGCCAGCCCGGGAUCCGGCGAAACGGGGAAGACGGCCGGCCAUGCAGAGAAGAGCUUCAGGAUCACCAGGUCCUCCUCGGUCACCAGCUUCGGGAUGACCAGUGUCUUUGUCAACAAUGAGAGUCUCCAGCAGACGACAGCUCCCAAAUCCCCAUCCCCGCCUCCGCCGGCGGUCGGCCAUCGGCAGGGGGAGCGCCGCCGAGAGCUGGUGAGAUCCCAGACGCUGCCGCGGACCUCGGGGGCUCAGGCGCGCAAAGCUCUCUUUGAGAAGUGGGAACAAGAUGCCGGCAAGGGCCGAGGGGAGUCCCGGGCCAAGCUCAAGCGCUCGCAGAGCUUCGGGGUGGCCAGUGCCAGCAGCAUCAAGCAGAUCCUGUUGGAGUGGUGCCGCUCCAAGACCCUCGGGUACCAGCACGUCGACCUCCAGAACUUCUCCUCCAGCUGGAGCGACGGCAUGGCCUUCUGCGCCCUCAUUCACUCCUUCUUCCCAGAGGCCUUUGACUACAACACCUUGGACCCCAGCCAGCGGAAGAAGAACUUUGAGCUGGCCUUCACCAUGGCCGAGAACCUGGCCCAGUGCGAGCGCCUCAUCGAGGUGGACGACAUGAUGGUGAUGGGCCGCAAGCCGGACCCCAUGUGUGUCUUCACGUACGUGCAGUCCCUGUACAACCACCUGCGGCGCUUUGAGUGACCCCUGCGCCCCCGGGGCUGCCCCAGAAGAGGCUGGAGAGCCUGGGGGUUAGCCCCCUCAGCACCCGAGGUCGAGGGCAGCGCUGGAGCAGGUGGAGAAAGGACUGGACGUUGGUGCUACGAGAGCCCCCUUCCCCGAGUCCAGAAUGUGAAAGGCUGAGGCUCCCUCUGGCCGUUACUGAGCCCUGAGGCGCCUCCCCGUGCCCAGGAAGCCGCCCAGCCCCCGCAAGGCUCGGUGCCCCUCCAAGGUCGGGCCGCCCCCCUCCAGGCCAGGCUGCCCCUCUGGGGCCGCAAGCCCACCCCGGGGCACCCGGUCUCUUUAUAGAGGGCUGGCUGCAGCUAUUUAUGAGGCAAUGUGACCCCAGCUGUGUCAGAGCUCGUUUGUACAUAAAAGAUGCCGGCUCAGGCUCCCUCUG